AUGUUCGUGUGUCUGUACAUGGGAAGCAGCUCUCUGUACAAGGACGCCUUAGCGAACUUUAAGAAAUCGUCGAACCCCGAGUCCCUCGUGGAGAUUUGCACGGCGAUGCACAAGCUCACCUACGCGAUGGCGCUGUAUUAUCAAGGCUACAUGACGCAGGAAGAGCUGGACAACCCGAACGUGCACGGAACGGGCACGGCGUACUACUGUCUGGACUGCUUCUUCAACACGAUCGACGCGUUGAAGAAGAUGCAGUCGGCGCUGAUCCGCAAGCUGGUGCUUCCGAUGAUGACCGAAUUCACGUCGGAAGCGGCGGAAACGAAGCGGCGCAUCGUCGGGGAAUGGAUGAUUCGCGUAGGCGAGAGAAGGACGAUUCAGCGUAGAUGAGCACGAUUCCGAACGGGAUCAGCGAGUACACGAUCGAAGAGCGGAUCUUGCUGAAUCCGAACGACUGCAAGAUCGACGUGGAGGCCGCGGACGCGUUCGACUUCUCCGCGAUUCUCUCGGCCUCGAAGAAAGCGCGGCUGAGCAGCUUCCAGCAGAAGUACAAGGAGUUCUGCGAGCCGAAAGUGCGCGAGUACGAGGCCAAGUACAGAAAGAACGUCACGGCGAUCGAGGCUGCGCUGCGGGAGAGCAGAUGCGACGUU